AUGAUGCAGCAUCGAAGGCGGCAAGCGACUGCCGAAGAGCUGGCACAAGGUCAGAGGGAGAUGAAGGCCGCCGAGGCCAGAAUGAAGAAAGAAGGGAAGAAGAGAGGUGAGCUACCUCUCGAGGACGGGGUGGCCGAAGGGUCACAGGGUGGAAAAGGACCACCAGGUGGGGAUGCGACGUCCACCGACCUGGUCUCGACAAGGUCACCCACUCUCACAGUCCCGUCAACUGAGGAUAGCCACUCUAAGGUCUCAGCCGCGACUUCAUCGACCCCGAGGCCAAAGACUGAAGCUCCGAGUCCAGGAAAGCCAAAGAAAGAAGAAGAAGCUCACAUGAGGACCCCGCAGGUGUUGGGUCCGAAAGCCAUCCAGGACCAGCAGGGUGAAGAUGGAAAGGGAAGUGUGAAGGGAGGUGGUGUUGGUGGGAUCCCCGAAGAAAGUGAAGUCCCUGAACAGCACUCCAUUUGCACACCACCGUUGUUCACGCCAGCCCAGCUUGAUGAUUUGCACCGAGUUCAACAACAGGCACCAUGGCUUUAUGCCAAAGUCGGCACGCCAAUGUACGACACCCCAAUGCACUCCAUCCUCGACAGACCAGCCUUCCUCGAGCAAGAAGUGUGGAAAGGAAAGGGUGGAAGAAGGGAUGAUGAAGAAAAAGAAAACCUGAUGUUGCGGGUCCAUGAACGAAUGGAGUUCGAGCGUCAGGAGAAGGAAGAAAUGAUGAUCCAGAUGCAGCAGCUCCUCAGCGAGAACAAUGCUUUGCGAGCUGAGAUGCAAGCAAAACCAAAAGGACCAAUGGGCGGUCCGACCAUGGCCGAUCGACGAAUCAGCCACCUUCUGGAGGAGAAUCAAAGACUCCACCAGGAAGUCAGAAGGCUGUCAUGGGUUCAGCCGACCUCGAAAGAAGAUGAUCCUGUUUUUGCAACGCCAAAUGGCAGCUCCGGAUGCGAUGAACAUGCUGGAGGCCGCGGAAGAACAAAGACAGGAGUGGAAGAAGUGCCAGAAGAUCGACCUCGUGAAGGUGAUGGCAAAGGCAAAGAAGCCGGCCGGGAGGCCACAGGAAAAGGAAGGGGAACGAAAAAGAAAGAAGGUUCCCUAGAAGAUGAUUCAGUGCAUCAACAGACCCUCAAUGUGAUCUUGAAGGUUGUUGAGGGGAUGCAGAAGAUUCAAGAUCGGAUGUCGCAAGGUGGCUCUACAGGUCAAGACCAAGACCCGGAGACGGUGCGACACAGUGUGGACCUGCCAAAGCUGGCAGAGUGGAAUGGAGAGUCAGCCCCGAUUGACUUCUCGGACUGGCUUUUGCUCUUAGCUCCUCUGAUGGCUGACCUCACACCCAGUUCAGAGGAAUGGUGGACUUUGACCUUAGAAGAAGCCCGCCAAUGGUACCAGAAGCACCUUGUGAAAUCUCCCUUGGACAGGCUCACACACCAGAUCGUGCCAAGCACCAAGCUUUCGAUGAGGAAGUGGUCCCGCUUGGAGAAGCGAGCAACUGCAUUGCUGCUGAGCGCUGUCCCAGAGGCCUUGAGAGAAGAGGUUGUGUCAUCGAAGAGUUUGACGGCCUUUGGAAUUUUGGUGAAAGGCAUGAUUGCCUAUCAGCCAGGAGGACUGGCCGAACGACAAGCAAUCCUGGCUGCCUUGGAAAGCCCUGCAGAAGCUUCGACCGUCGGCCAGGGCAUCGUCACACUUCGAAGAUGGUUGAGGUGGAAGCGAAGAGCAGAGGAGGUGGGAGUUUCAAUUCCAGACCCGACCAUUUUGGCUAGGGGUCUUGGACGCCUCAUGAAGAAGCUCAUCACGAUGUUCCCUGAGCUGAACUUCCGACUUCAACUGGUCCGAAGCUCCUUGAUGGUUGAUGCUGUUCCAACCCACGAGUCUGUGUCCAAGUACAGUGAGCAUUUGUUAGCAGAAUUGGAACAAAUGGGUCACCAAGCACGAAAGAAGGACUCAAGUGGGGAAGAGUUGCUGAAGGAAGCCAAUGACAUGCUGAAGGGCAUGAAUGGAGGACCAAGUCCAAGUUCCUCCAAUACGUCUCCAUCAUCAAAGGGUGGGGACACGUCAGAAAGAUCCGAAGUGGUGGAACGUCUCCAGCAGCAGCUCAACGCUUUGAAGCAGAAGACCUUCAAACUGAGGCGACUCAAGAAAGGUGAGCGACAAGGUCUUCUCGACUCUGGAGCCACUCAUCCACUUCGACCUGUGAAGAAAGGUGAAGAUGUUGAAAGUUACAAGAGGGUUCAGGUAGCCCUAGCAGAUGGACAAGUCACCAGUCUCCCUAUCUCUCCAGGGGGAGCCAUGGUCUCAGCUGACGCCGACAUCGAGCCGAUCAUCCCAAUGGGGCUCCUGACUGAAAAGCUGGGGUGUUCCGUGAUUUGGUCAAGAAGUCAACUCAGGGUAGUCCACCCCUUGCGAGGAGAGCUGCCUGUUGAAGAUCAAGAUGGAUGCCCUCAGCUGCCACGACAAGUGGCCCUGGACCUCAUUGAGGAGCUCGAGAAGGUGAAGAAAGGAAUGAAGUUGAAGGAAGAGAAUGAUUUUGAAUGGGAGAUCAAGUGGAUGGAAGACUAUGUGAAUGCCCAUCCCGUCUUGAGCAGACUUCCCAAGGAAGUGAAAGAAUCGCUGGUGGUCAAGCCGGGUGAAUGGUCAGAUCUCCCAGCCAACAGAAGAAAACGAAAGGCCAUGAAACGAGAUGGCUAUGUGUGCCACUUGUACGCAGGAGCUGAUGAAGGAUUCACCUUUGAAAGAGCCUGGAAGCAGAAAGGAGGUGAAGAACGAGAGCUCCUGGAGGUGGACAUCAAAAGAGGCCCAGGCCAUGACAUGCUCCUGGACCGAGGACCCUAUGCGGGACUAGGGGACGGCCUGGCCAGUGGGCGGGAGCCUUGCGAUGCAGAGGGCGCCUACAUGGCCCAGGUGCGGUGA